AUGGACGGUAAUCAAUCAACUCCCGACGGCUCUACCGUACCUCAGCUUGCUGGCAGCUUCUCACAUGACACCAUGGAUGUCGAUGAUGCCGAAGAUUGGCUCGCGCUUGUUUCCGAGCCUCCUUGCGAUGGGCGCUCGCCGGCUUCCCAAAUGCCCAGAGACGUCCUUUACCUGAUCACAGAUCUACUCGACCUUCCCGCCCUCUGCGCGCUCCGCGCAACCUGCCGCGACAUGCAAAGCUCGGUAGACAGGAGCUUCCCGAAGACGUACUGUCCGAACUUACAUAUCUCCUUUGCGAUAAGAGGCUUAAAUGCCAUAGAAGACUUCUCAACCACCAUCUUUGCGCCUAUCCUCUCCUCGAUCACCUUCCACGCCUCGGAAAUCGAAGAACCAUACUUUGUCCGCGGAGAGUUCGGCGAGCUGACCUAUCUCCACGAGGGGCAGCAGAGGAAAUUGAUACUAAAGGCCAUGUUUGAGCGGAAGCUUACAACUUGCUUGAGGCGUUACCCUCAACUCAAGAAGAUAGUGUUGAAGGACUGGGCACCUAACAGAGCUUCCCCACACCAUGAGUAUGACGCUAAUCCUUUCGCAUCGUGGGGCCUCUCUUCAUUGACCAAGGCCUUAUCUUGCGCCGGCAUCGGCCUCAAACGUCUCGCGCUUGAUGAAGGCGCUUACGGGUGGUAUUUUGGCCGCAAACUGCAACUGUCCUGGCCCAUGGCCUGGGACGGCUUAGCCAGCCUCAACAGCCUGUCACUUACUUUCCCCGAGUACUUCCACAACGAAUCUCAGUUCCACACAUUGCUACACGUCAUCGCUUCAGCCCCGGACAUCACAGUCCUUCGUCUCGCCGGCAGAGAGGAGCUCGGUUGGAACCGUUUGAUUGUCGGCGUAGGCAUCAACUACCUGGCGAACAACAUACAGCUUCCGAAGCUUCGGGAGCUUUCCAUCCGACUCCUUCGCAUCGAGGUGCAGCCACUCCAGCAAUUGUUGCGCCAACACAGCCUCACCUUGCGGAAGGUGAAGAUCGAGAAGUGCUGGGAGCUUGAAGAAUGCUCUGAGCUUGAUUGCGAUCCUGAGAUUUUGGACUUUGCGCGCCAGCACCUCACCCUUGAUGAUGGACAACCCAUCAUCGUUUGCGAUCCGGACGCCCGCUUCUAG